CUAUUUAUUUUAGCCAUCACACUGCUUAUAUUUUCUUUUGGAGAAUAUAUUAAACGGUUAUUGUAAUCACACAUGCCUAUUGCAAUGAAUGUUGCCAAAUUAAAUCAGAUUAUCAACAUAUUUUAAUCAGAAAUUUAAAAAAUAAAGGUAUAUUAAAGGCUUUCGCUCCAUUACAUAAUGAUAGGCUAUAGCCAGGCGUUUUCCUUUUAACUAGUUUUUUUGCUCGUUAGAGUGGUUUGAUUAAGAUAAUGCUUUUUGAUGCUCCUGCAUUGUGAAAAACAAACAACGCAUAACAAAUUGAAUUGUUUCGUAAUCUUAAAUAGCUUUAUGCUAUUGAAGGCUUCGUUUUGCUGACAUAAGCAAAAGUAAUCUAUUUGAAACAUAAUACAUUUGUAUCUAAUAAUAAUUAAUGGUAUUUUAAUGACAUAUAAUAUUGACACACAAUUUCUCAGUAGUAAAAUACAUUCAAAUGCCAGAGUUGUAGAAACCCAUAUUCUGCUUUAUGUAAUUUGGUCAGCAUUGUGCGUUCGUGUUGUUAGCUCCCAGUCCAUUCAAAAGAUUAGGAGGGAGUGGUUUGAGCUUUGCGUGUUAGGAAAGCAACAAGUAGCAUGUCUUUUUUUUCUUUUUUUUAUGAACUGCGGAACGUGGUGCUUACGUCACUGCUCUAGCCAGGUGGCAUUCCAAACUGUGGAGAGGAGACGUGGAGGCACAAUCAAAAUUUCAAAUCACAAACCAAGUCAGGAUGUGAGACGCGCGUAAAGCACAUUUCAGUCCUACAACCGAUCACUGCUCGUCACUGGCAUCAGAAGAGGAGUAGGGAAGGAAGAGGGUUCCUUUUGGGGGGCAAAUUCACGGACUGAAAAGAAAAAUUGCAAUCAAAUAAUCUGGGGGGAAAAGGACCAGGGAAAGGGACAUUCAACAUGUCUUCUGCACACGUAUCUUCAUCUCGGAGACAGUCAUGUUAUCUGUGCGAUUUACCCCGUAUGCCGUGGGCUAUGAUUUGGGAUUUUACGGAGGCAGUGUGCAGGGGUUGUGUGAAUUAUGAAGGUGCAGAUCGGAUCGAGUUUGUUAUCGAAACUGCACGCCACCUCAAACGAGCUCAUGGUUUCCAAGAGGGGAGAUCCCCCGGUCCACCGCCGCCGCCCACAGUCAAAACCCAGGCGGCAAUAUCAGCCAAGGAGACGGUGCAAAUCAACCAUGUGGACGGACCAUCUAAACAACAACAACAACAGUCGGGGAUGGACCGCUACUCUCUGAACGCAGAGAGACCUCGCUUUGACUACUCCAGUAUUGGCGCCCAUGCCAGCAGACUUCCCAAUGGAAUGAGCGGUCCAAAUGGGUUCCCAAAACCGGACGAUGGUCCCCCAGAAUUGAACCGACAGAGCCCGAACUCCCGUCGGAGCCAUGGUCUAGUUGCGGUCCCAGGACAAAUGAAUGUCCCCCCCAACCUUCUCCCACAGACCAUGUUGAAUGGACCCUCCUCGGCAACAGCCAUAGCCUCGCAUAGCCUGUCUAGCCGCCCCCCUCCGUCCAUUGUGGGACCCUCUUUGUCCACGUCCUCUCAGUCCAUGUCAGAACAAGGUAAACGACCAGGUUCUGUGUCAAGCACUGACCAAGAGAGAGAUCUGAAAGAGAAACAGCGUAAUGCGGAGGCUUUGGCUGAGCUUAGUGAAAGUUUAAGAAACAGAAACGAAGACUGGACAAACAAACCGAAAAUAGUAAGGGACACGUUGCUUACUCUUUCAAACAGCUCCCCGUUUGAUGUGAGGUUUAAAAAGGAUCAUUCACUCGUGGGCAGGGUGUUUGCUUUCGAUGCAGUGUCAAAGCCUGGCAUGGACUAUGAAUUGAAAAUAUUUAUCGAGUACCCAAGUGGAUCUGGUAAUGUAUUUUCCAGCGCAUCGGGGGUGGCCAAACAAAUGUAUCAGGACUGCAUGAAGGACUUUGGCAGAGGGCUCUCCUCGGGUUUUAAAUAUUUGGAGUAUGAGAAAAAGCAUGGCUCUGGGGACUGGCGACUCCUGGGUGAUUUGUUGCCCGAGUCGGUCCGAUUCUUUAAAGAGGGGCUGGGGGUUGAAAUGUUGCCACAGCCCUACAUUGAUGCCAGCUGUCCAUUGCUGCCCACUGCUUUGGUCAACAUCCCUCGUGGCUUGCCAUCUGCGAGUGCCCCGAGGAUUGGCGUGCGUAAGCGUAAAGCCUCCCCAGAACCUGACUCUGCAGAGAGCGCGCUAAAACUAUCUGAACAGGAACAGCAGAGGCAGCAGUGGAUGGCCAGCCAGAGCGAGGCGUUAAAACUGACGAUGGCAUCCGGAUCAUUCGGUACCUCACACGGGGCACCCCCACCGCUCGGCCCUGGUCAUUCUGUUCACUCAAGUCGCGCUACGCCCCCUGAAUCAACGCCCCAGAAUGGACAGUCUCCAAUGGCGGCGCUCAUGUCUGUCGCGGACACGUUGGGCAAUGCGCACUCCCCGAAGGACAACAACUCAGUUCACUCCACCACAUCCACCAGGCAUAACAGCAGCAGCCCGGUCUCGCCCGCCUCUGUUUCGGGGCAGAGGCGUUUGGCUUCCCGUAACGGAGAUCUCAAUCUAUCCGGGGGUCCCUCCCAGUCCAAUGCGCAUUCUGGCAUGGACCAGGUCCACGCGCAAAACAUUCCAGAUUCGCCCAUGGCAAACAACGGACCUCUGUGUUGUACCAUUUGCCACGAACGUUUAGAGGAUACCCAUUUCGUUCAGUGUCCGUCAGUUCCCAACCAUAAAUUCUGUUUCCCUUGUUCUCGAGAGAGCAUCAAAGCGCAGGGAGCAACUGGCGAGGUGUAUUGUCCUAGCGGAGAGAAAUGCCCCCUGGUAGGUUCUAAUGUGCCUUGGGCGUUCAUGCAAGGUGAGAUAGCAACAAUAUUAGCUGGGGACGUUAAGGUAAAAAAGGAGAGGGACCCAUAGAUAUGUCCUAUAACUUCCCAUAGAAACGUGCAUUUUAGUCCAAUAUAUACAGUAUACACAUGUGAAUACUCAAAACGUACAAAAAUUGUUGAUGUACAGAGACGUCCCCUCCUUCUCAUAUUUCUGUUUUUUGAAUCAACGGAACAGUACAGUAUGUGAUGUCACCUAAUUUUAUGGAGGGUGUUUUGACGGGUACUAGUGUUGUAUUUGGAUGGCAGUGACGAGUCAAAGCACUUUCACUUUGUAAUCACUGCUGCCGUUUUUCCCCUCCAACUCAUGCACUUCUCUCAUUAUAAAAAGGCCAGUUUAAACGCCCAAUGAAUAUAUGUCUGUAAAAUGAAACUACGCAUAGUUAAUAUCCAAUAACAGUAAUGACAAUUUGCUCUAACUCCUAUAUUGGGUACAAAUCAUUCUGAGGACUUUUUUUUUGUUUAUUUAAUUUUUUUUUUACAGCAAGUAUCUCUUUUCUUCUUGUGAUCGAAAAUAUUUUACUACGUGUUAUUCAUUUCUCUUCCCGUUUGCUUUGAUGAUGCACGGAUGCUUAAAGGUAGAGCAAAAUGCUGUACAUUAAUGUAAAAUGUUUGUUUAUACAUUUCUGUAGUAACAGAAGACUUGUAAUGUGCCUUGGAGCUGAGUAAAUUGUAAUAAAUUCCAUUGAUAUUAA